CUGGAGGAACGUAGAUCGGGUUCAGUGUACAUGCCAACUGACUGUGUGAUCAUUUAGCCAUGAAGCUAAACUGGUUGCCUAUCAGUCCCAGUUUAAACAGCUAAAGGGUCUGUCGCCUCUUUAACACCCCAGCCGGUGUCUGGAUGGUUCUUCACCUUUGGAACAGCUUUUUUCCUCCUGUUUAUCAUUAGUGGACUUUUCUCCACCCAUUCUGUUUAACAGAACAUAUACUCACAUUUCCUCACUGAGAAAGCUGUUGAGAUUACUUCUAAAGCAUGUAUAACAUCUUCGCCCGGGUGAAGGCGCCGUUGUGGUCCAGGAGAUCCGGACACCGAGUCGGUUCAGUGUUCCGACUCCACCGACAGAGCGGUUUGCUGAGUCAUGAGGCGGUGAUGAAGAACCUGAGGGUCCAGAUGCCCUCGUGUAAUUUUACCCCUGAGACGUACCAGGGAAUGAGUAAGGAGCGGAUGCUGGAGAUCAGGAAGAUGAACUGUAAUGGCAUGACCAUGAAGGUGACGUAUUACAAGGAGCCACUUUUUAUUCAUCGCGGUUUCAUGCAGUGGCUGUGGGAUGUGGACGGAUCGCGAUAUCUUGACAUGUUUGCGGGGGUCGCCACCGUCAGCCUGGGACACUGCAAUCCAAAAGUAAUGAAAGCUGCCCAAAAGCAGCUGCUGCAUCUGUGGCACACCUCAGCUAUUUAUGUUUAUCCUCAGAUCCAGGAAUAUGCUGAGAAACUCGUUUCACAUUUGCCUGAACCUCUAAAAGUAGUCUAUCUGACUAACAGUGGCUCUGAAGCCAAUGAUCUAGCUCUGCUGAUGGCGAGAUUACAUACAGGAAACUUUGAUGCCAUCACUCUGAGAGGUUCCUAUCAUGGUGGAAGUCCACUAAUGAUGGGUCUGACCUCAAACACUGCAUAUAAAUAUCCCGUGCCCUCCAGCCUGGGCUGCUGUAACACCAUGUGUCCAGAUGUGUUCAGGGGGCCGUGGGGUGGGAGUCACUGCAGAGACUCACCUGUCCAGACACUCAGAGAGUGCAGCUGCACUCCUGGUCAGUGUCAGGCCAACGACAAGUACAUUGAGCAGCUCAAGGAAGUUUUUGCUACGAGCGUACCCAAUCGUAUUGCUGCCUUCUUUGGAGAACCCCUUCAGGGAGUCGGAGGAGCCGUCCAGUACCCUAAGAACUUCCUUAAAGAAGCCUACAAGCUGGUGAGAGAGAAAGGUGGACUAUGCAUAGCUGAUGAGGUUCAGACCGGUUUUGGACGCACAGGAAGUCACUACUGGGGUUUUCAGACGCACAACGUUCUUCCUGACAUCGUGACGAUGGCUAAAGGGAUCGCUAACGGAUUCCCUAUGGGGGCUGUGGUGACGAGCAAGGAAAUUGCACGUACCUUUGCUGAAGGUCUUCACUUCAACACUUAUGGUGGAAACCCUCUCGCCUGCAGCAUCGCCUCAUCUGUGCUGGACACAAUUAAAGAGGACAAGCUACAGGAGAACUGUGCUGUAGUUGGAACACAUCUGCUGAAGGAACUCGCCAAACUGCGAGAUAAGUAUGAGAUAGUCGGGGACGUCCGGGGGAAAGGACUGCACAUCGGCAUGGAGAUGGUUAAAGACAAAGCGAGUCUAGCUCCUCUUCCUCCUGGAGAUAUGGCUGAGAUUCUAGAGGACAUUAAGGACAUGGGAGUGCUGAUUGGCAAAGGAGGGAUUUAUGGACAGACGUUCCGCAUCCAGCCGCCGAUGUGCAUCACUAAGGACGACGCCAAUUUCACCCUCGCUGUGUUUGAUCAGGCGUUGCAAAAUUACAUGGAGAGGAGAUGAGAGGUGAAAAACAGCACUGAACCUGACAGACCUGUUCACAGGGCCGGUGGCAGCAGUGAGCCGGGGUGGGCUUAACCAACACAUUCGUUAUGUUAGCCAAAGGGAAAAAUAACAGAAAAUACCAGCAUUAUUUCUAACUUUUGAUUGGGUUGCAGCCUACAGCCAAUGAACAAUGAUGAGUCUGUAACUGUGCACAAAACCCCACCCUACACCUAGAUAAAGCCCCACCCCACACCUACUCAAAGCCCCACCCUACAACUACCCAAAGCCCCACCCCACAGCUACUCAAAGCUCCACCCUACACCUACAUAAAGCCCCACCCCACACUUACUUAAAGCCCCACCUACAACUACCCAAAGCCACGCCCUACACCUACCCAAAGCCCCGGUCUACACCUUUCCAUAACCCCACCUUUCACCUACCCAAAGCACUACCCUAUACCUACCCAAAGCCCCGGCCUACACCUUCCCAAAGCCCCACCUUUCACCUACCCAAAGCCCCACCCUACACCUACCCAAAGCCCCACCCUACACCUACCCAACCUUUCACCUACCCAAAGCCCCACCCUACACCUACCGAAAAAGCACUGCCCCAGCAGCACAGAAUAGUUUUUCAUCACUCGCCUCACACUACUUUUACUACAAUACUUCAUACUGGCUGUUUUUGAAAGUUUGUGGUUGUUGCGCAGCAGCUAAUGAAUGCUCAUUUAACCGACAUUAAAUUUGAUUACACUUCAUUCAA